AACUUGUGUGGUGUGUGUCGCUGUGGAAGAGAGGGGCACCAAACAAGAAACAAUGGCGACAGCGGCGACUGCAGCAGGAGGAACUGGUUCUGGAGGAGCAGCAGCCAGUCAAAGCGGCUCAGGAACUUCGGUCGGGAGGAAGAAAGAUGGAGGGCCAUCUUCAAAAUAUUGGGAGAAUUCAGAAACUAUUAAUCAAUUGGAGUCCGUGCGCCAGUGGAUCGGGAAGCACUACAAAAAGUAUGUCCAGACUGACAACCCUUCUAGCAAGUCUCUGGCUGGGUUGGUCAUCCAGCUGUUGCAGUUCCAGGAGGAUGCGUUUGGCCGAAGGGUGAACAACCCAGCCCUCACCAAACUACCUGCUAAAAGUUUCCUUGACUUCAAGGCAGGGGGUGCCUUGUGUCACAUCCUGGGGUCUGCCUACAAAUUCAAGAGUGAACAGGGCUGGCGAAGGUUUGACCUGCAGAACCCUUCCAGGAUGGACAGGAAUGUAGAGAUGUUCAUGAAUGUUGAGAAGACCCUGGUCCAGAAUAACUGCCUGACCCGCCCAAUUGUGUAUCUUUCGUCCGACCUGGAACAAAAACAAGUCAGCAAACUGAAGGACAUCAUCAAAAGGCAUCAGGGAACCAUCACUGAAGAGAAGUCCAAAGCCACCCACAUCAUUCACCCAUCUCCUUCACAACAGGAUGAAGAUGAGUGGCUGCGUCCAGUUAUGCGUAAGGAUAAGCAGGUGCUCAUACACUGGGGCUUCUACCCGGACAGCUAUGAUACCUGGGUAUCUACCAGUGAUGUGGAUGCGGAUGUGGAAGACCCACCCAGCUCUGAGAAGCCCUGGAGGGUGCACGCCAAAUGGGUCCUGGACACGGACGCCUUCAACGAGUGGGUGACUGAGGAAGACUACGAGAUGGACGAGAACAAGAAGCCUGUGUUCUUCCGCCAGCGCGUCUUCCCUCGCGAAGAGGAGUCUUCCCGUACACCUGAUCGCAAGGACCGCAAGUCUAUGGCCGGAGGCAAGAAGAGGAGGCGCUCCCCGUCCCCACCCACUACCCCCGCCGAGUCCCGAAAGAAAGGUGCCAAGAAAGGGAACCCUGGUCUGCACUGGAAACGCCGUGGGCAUCGUGAUGACGACGAGCAGGACGAUGACCUCACCAAGGACAUGGAGGACCCGUCGCCUGUGCCUGGCAUGGAGGAGGUUGCGCUGCCCAAGACCGUCAACCAGAAGAAAGACAGUGAGAAUACCCCAGUGAAGGGAGGCACUGUGGCCGAUUUGGAUGAGCAAGAGGAUGGUUCUGUGGUGUCUGGAGGCAAGGAUGAUGAAGAGCAGAGCAAGGCUGAGGUGAACCGCCUGCUGGACUCCGGCGAGGACAACGUGACCGAACAGACCCAUCACAUCAUCAUUCCCAGCUACGCCGCCUGGUUCGACUACAACUGCAUCCAUGAGAUUGAGCGAAGGGCUUUGCCAGAGUUCUUCAAUGGCAAGAACAGAUCCAAAACUCCAGAGAUAUACCUGGCGUACCGUAACUUCAUGAUCGACACCUACCGUCUGAACCCGCAGGAGUACCUCACCUCCACCUCCUGCCGGCGCAACCUCACCGGGGACGUCUGUGCCGUCAUGAGGGUCCAUGCCUUCCUGGAGCAGUGGGGACUGAUCAACUACCAGGUGGACGCAGACAGCCGGCCACUGCCCAUGGGCCCACCCCCGACCCCCCACUUCAACGUGCUGGCUGACACUCCCUCAGGCCUGGUGCCAUUGCACCACCGCCCCCCACAGGUGCCGCCUGCCCAGCAGAUGCUGAACUUCCCAGAUAAGCUUAAAGACAAGCACAGUGACAUGCAGAACUUCGGCCUCCGGACGGACAUGUAUUCCAAGAAGCCCGCCAAGCCGAGCAAGUCUGGCAGGGAGUGGACUGAACAGGAGACCCUGCUCCUUCUUGAGGCUCUGGAGAUGUACAAGGAUGACUGGAACAAGGUGUCGGAGCACGUGGGCAGCCGCACACAGGACGAGUGCAUCCUUCACUUCCUGCGUCUGCCCAUCGAGGACCCGUACCUGGAGAGCACUGAGGCCACCAUGGGACCGCUGGCCUACCAGCCCGUGCCCUUCAGCCAGUCUGGAAACCCCGUCAUGAGCACCGUCGCCUUCCUGGCCUCAGUGGUGGACCCUCGCGUGGCCGCCGCCGCAGCCAGAGCUGCCCUCGAGGAGUUCUCGCGUGUGCGUGAGGAGGUGCCUGCUGAGCUGGUGGAGGCCCACGUGAAGAAGGUGCAGGAGGCCGCCCGCAACACGGGCAAGGUGGACCCCGCCUUCGGCCUGGAGAGCAGCGGCAUCGCCGGCACUGCCCCCGAGGAGCCCGAAAAGACAGAUGGCAGCGACUCAGAGAAAAUGGACACCGACUCCGCGGACGCCCAGCAGCCUGACAAGGCGGAGUCCAAGGAGGAGGCGGACAAGCCCAGCGAGUCCGAGCGUCCGGCCGAGGGCGAGAAGGUGAAGACAGAGGGAGCGGAGGCGUCCGAGCGAGGGGAGGAGGAGAGCGACAGCGCAGAGGAGAAGAGCAGAGGUAAGGACAAGGAGGAGUCCAUGGAGACCGCCGAGGACGGGAAGGAGGGCGAGGAUGAGCAGGAAGAGGCCCGGAAGAAGAAGGUGGAGCUGGACAUCGGUGAAGGGAACAUCGCCACGGCCGCCGCCGCCGCUCUUGCCUCCGCUGCCACCAAGGCCAAGCACCUGGCGGCUGUAGAGGAGCGCAAGAUCAAGUCUCUGGUGGCCCUGCUGGUGGAGACGCAGAUGAAGAAGCUGGAGAUCAAGCUCAGACACUUCGAGGAGCUGGAGACCAUCAUGGACCGCGAGAAGGAAGCUCUGGAGCUCCAGCGGCAGCAGCUGUUGACUGAGCGGCAGGCCUUCCACAUGGAGCAGCUGAAGUACGCUGAGAUGAAGGCCCGCCAGCAGAUGGAGCAGCAGGCGGCCGCAGCUGCCGCCGCUGCCCAGAACGCCGCGGCCGCCGCCGGGGGCCACCACGGUGGGCCUCCCCACCACGGGCCCCAUGGACCCCCAGCCCCGUCGCCCGCCCACGGGCCACCUCCCCACGGGCCCAUGCCAGGCAUGCACCCUGGGCACCCCGGAGGCCCCGGGCAUCCAGUGGGCCCCGGCUUCCCGCCCAUGCACCACCAGAUGGGACCACACCACCCGACCGCGACAGGACCAAUGGUUCCAGGUCAGCCGAUGCCUGGCCGAAUGAUGCCCGGCCCUCCCCCUGGCGGUCCCCCCCAGGGCAGCAUGCCCCCCAUGAUGGGCCCGCGACACCCAGGUGCCCCCAACGGCAUGUACCCAGGACCUAUGCCUGGACAGCACGAUGGGAUGCCUCCAGCCCCCGUUGGACCUCCGGCGCCUGUGCCGCCUCGCGUGGCUGAAAACUAAACACACACACUGUUUCUGGUCAUUUUUAGAGCCUCUUGUUUAGAAAGCGAAAGCUGUCCCCCUCUCCCCCCUCCUUUGUUCACACUGAACCCUGUGGGCAGACCCCUGUCUCUGCUGACUGCCUUGCUGUGGGUGGGUCCUCUCUAACCAAGCCUCUCUCUCUCAGGGCCUUAUGCCCUUCUCUGCUCACAAAGACACACACACACACACACACACGCUUACUAGCUCAGGGCACAUGGACAGGGAUGCCAUGUUCCUUUCCCCCUGCCUCUCCAGCUCAGCAAUAGCACUGGUUACCCCCUAAACCCCCCCCCCCCCCCCACCCUUCCCUGUCUCUGACUUUAGUAAGGCUCUGGUUGGUGCUGGUUCUAGUGACCCCUGCUGUUAAGUAGCCACCCAGGGGCCUUUGAGAGCAGAGGUGGGCACUGGCUGGUGGUCGGCUCCUCCCCUGUAAUGUGACGGACUGUAUGUGUAUAUUGUGGUGUUCUGCAUAAGCUAAGUUCACACUGGGGGGAACUGAAAGGAGUUAGUGGGGUGGUGGUGGACUAGUGUACUUUCUUUCUCUCUGUCUCUGUCUCUCUCUCUCUCUCUCUCUCUCUCUCUCUCUCUCUCUCUUUCUCUGUCUCUCUCUGUCUCUGUCUCUCUCUCUCUGUCUCUCCCUGCAACUCAGAAUAACACUGUAGCUACUAGCUGAAGAGCCUUGUCCUCCCUAGUGGCACCUCUGCUCCAGUCCCAAGCCCCUGGGCGUCCGGCUCAAUGUUCCUAUUCAGUGCCCAGUGAAGUAGAGUUUUCAGUGUGUGUUAGAGUAGCGUGUGUGUGUAUGGCGUUACUGUAAAUGCGGGAAGUUAUUUGCAUCUGUGACCAAACAUGGAUGCAUACAGUUACACAGGGUCACCUUUCUUAGCUCACACACAAAUGCACGCUCAGACACAUGCUCACACCGAGACACACACACACACACACACACACACACACUGAGAGGUUUUUUGCUCCCCCCCCCCACCCACCCCACCCCCAUACCUGCUGUGUAUCUGGGAAUCUACCUCUCCAGGACUUAGCUCUGGUGUGUUCUCUGCGGUGGUGUAAAGCAUCAAGUGUGUGUGUGUGUGUGUCUGGCAACACAGCUGGUUUCUUUUAUUGGACAUGGAGGGAAGAGGUCUUUGUUAAUGGCCUUCUGCCCAGCUAGCCACACACAUUGCUGAGAUCAAUGUGGACCUGUGGACAUGCCAUAACUUCUGACUUCUUUCACUGGGCGGUCGUGCAGCAAAGCCAAGUAGUGUGCUACACAUGCGCGCACACACAAACGCAGGCAAAUACACACACACACACACGGACACACUCUUCCCCUCUGAAUGUUCCACAAAGCAGACAUGCACAUGCGCUUACACACACAUUCAGACACACUGAUGUCUGUUACUGUUCCAAAACAUGCAUGUACACUGUCUUUAAACACACACACACACACACACACACACACACACACACACACACACACACACACACACACACACUGUCCUUACAGAGCUGUGCCUGGUGUCACACUGAAAGGAGGGAGGAUCUGCUUUGUAGACAUACUGUAGCCGGCCCCUCGCGUGCGCUCUUCCCGUAGGUGCUGAAGCCGUAGCUGCCCCUGCCUCGCUCUACCUCUCUCACUGUACUACCUCUCUCGCUUCUCUCUCUCUCUCUCACUACCUCUCUCUUUCUCUCUGUCUCUCUUCACACUCGUUUCCUUCUCUUUUAGGUUUUAGUUCUUCCUCUCUCGCAAAUGCACUAGUUUGUUCUCGCUUUCUCUCCGUGUGCCCAUGUGACUGCUGCAUAACUGCUGUGUGGAGGGUGCGUGCCCUCCUACUCCUCAGGUGUACCAAUCCUCCCCACACACACACGCACGCGCACACACACACACACACACCCACGCACGCACGCACGCGCACACACACACCCACACACGCACGCACGCGCACACACACACACCCACACACGCACGCACGCACGCACGCAGACACACACCCACGCAGACACACACACAUGCACAUGCCUAAUACAUAGCCCACCAUUGCUGUGGAUGUGUGCGUGACACGGUCAUGCCAUACCCUCAGCUCAUACAUCGCCCCAUUGCUACAUACAUACGAGCCCAAAAUCAACACCAUGCAAAUACACCCCUAACUCAGCUCUCCAGGCUGCUCCAAACACGAGACGGGAACCAAAACUCUUCCCCUCGUUUCCCCUUCUGAUCCCCUCCCCCUUCCCCACAUAUAUAUCUUUUAUUGCUACUUUUUAUUUUAUGGUAAUGUAUUUUUAAGAAAAUAAAGUUUGUGUAGACUCUGUUA